UGCGGUGUGUGUGUGGUGCCUGCCGUUGAACAAGUAUUGUGUACUGCUGGAGAUUCGGUGUAUUUUAGUAGCCUGUAUUCCGUAUCCUACGACUCGGGGAGAAAUGUACAUUAGAUAACCUUUAACGGAGCCAAAUGCCGGACCAAGAAUAAGAAUAGGUUCUCUUAAGCCUAUUAAAAAAAAGUUCACGUCAGAGUGUGAUGUGACUUCUUGUAGUUAGACGGGGGAUUUGCAGUGUGUGCGAUACUACAUUGGAUCAGGACUGAGAACCGAUCCGUGCUACUCAGAAGAAGAGUUAUUCACAUGGAGCAACAGAUUCAUUACUGACAGAUUCAUUUCAUUGCGUGAUGGGGAAUGGGCUCUGCAGCGAGAAAGAAGGUUCUCCCAGUAGAAUCUCUUGGCACUGAUUCGUCAUCAUCUUCAUCAUCACCAACUUCAUCGUCUAAUAAUUCUGCUGUACCGCUGAUCAUCGUCACAGCCCCAUCUCGAGAAAACCUCUUAGAGAAGUCCGUGGGUCUGAGAAUAGUGGAUGCUCUUAAAGAGCCGCGGCCCAUGGGACGUCCAGUGUUUGUUGGGCGAGGUCGUUUUGUCACGGGCACAGCCUGAUUUACACAGACGAAUGUGGAGUGAUUGGAGAUGGAAAGCACAUCAGAAACUGAUCUAGAGCCGUUAAAGCUGAAAUCUUUAAAAACCGACAGGACGUUUGUAAUCCCGCACACAGAACGGUUAGGGAAAUGCAGGAAUGUGAAGGAGUUUGAGAAGAUGAAUCGGAUUGGAGAGGGAACAUAUGGGAUCGUGUACCGAGCACGUGACACAAGGACAAAUGAGAUUGUUGCCCUGAAGAAAGUGCGAAUGGAUAAAGAGAAAGAUGGGAUUCCCAUUAGCAGUUUGAGGGAAAUUAACUUGCUGCUCAGAUUGAGACACCCAAACAUUGUGGAGCUGAAAGAAGUGGUGGUGGGAAGCCAUUUGGAGAGCCUCUUUCUGGUGAUGAGUUACUGUGAGCAGGAUCUGGCCAGUCUGCUGGAGAACAUGCAGUCCCCCUUCUCUGAAGCUCAGGUGAAGUGUAUAGUUCUUCAGCUGCUUAAAGGACUGGCAUAUUUACAUCACAACUUCAUUCUUCACAGGGAUCUGAAGGUUUCCAAUCUACUGAUGACAGACAAGGGCUGUGUAAAGAUAGCUGACUUCGGUCUGGCGCGUGUUUACGGUAUCCCCUUACAGCCCAUGACUCCUCGAGUAGUCACACUGUGGUAUCGAGCCCCAGAGCUCCUCCUAGGGACCAAGACGCAGACCACUGCCCUGGACAUGUGGGCCGUUGGCUGUAUCUUUGCUGAGCUUCUUGCCCACAAGCCUCUUCUGCCUGGAGCGUCAGAGAUCCAGCAGCUGGAUUUGAUCGUGCAGCUGUUGGGAACCCCGAAUGAGAGCAUCUGGCCGGGCUUCUUGCGCCUGCCGUUGGUUGGGCAGUACAGUCUGAGGAAGCAGCCCUACAACAACCUAAAGAACAAGUUCACCUGGUUAUCAGAAGCUGGUUUGAGACUGCUCAACCUGCUGUUCAUGUACAACCCACAGCGCCGAGCCUCAGCUAAAGAUUGUUUAGAAAGUUCCUACUUCAAGGAAAAGCCCUUGCCAUGUGAACCAGAGCUGAUGCCCACGUUUCCUCAUCACAGAAACAAACGAGGAGCUUCUGGGACGGAAAACCAGUCCAAAAGAAGCAAAGUCUGACGUUCUGCUGCCUGAUGAGUGACGUUCGUCACCGAUGACAUCACAGAUGUGUUUACUUUCCAAAUGGAUAUUUUUGUGCUUUUUCUGGAAGAUAUUGCACAAAUUACAUUACAGUUCAGACUUACAGAGAUGAGAUACAUUGUAAAUAAUGUUGUUAUACUUGAAUGAUUCUGCUGUUUUUGUAUAAAGAUUAAAAAAAAAGCUUUCUGUUCUGAAUACAAUAGCACGUGAUUCAUGUAUAUUAAAAAUGUCACCUUUGCUGCAUGUCAA